AUGGGGCGCCUAUCUCUAGGGGCGCCCUAUCUCUAUGGGCGCCUAUCUCUAGGGGCGCCUAUCUCUAUGGGCGCCUAUCUCUAUGGGCGCCUAUCUCUAGGGGCGCCUAUCUCUAUGGGCGCCUAUCUCUAUGGGCGCCUAUCUCUAUGGGCGCCUAUCUCUAGGGGCGCCUAUCUCUAUGGGCGCCUAUCUCUAGGGGCGCCUAUCUCUAUGGCGCCUAUCUCUAUGGGCGCCUAUCUCUAUGGGCGCCUAUCUCUAGGGGCGCCUAUCUCUAGGGGCGCCUAUCUCUAUGGGCGCCUAUCUCUAUGGGCGCCUAUCUCUAUGGGCGCCUAUCUCUAUGGGCGCCUAUCUCUAGGGGCGCCUAUCUCUAUGGGCGCCUAUCUCUAUGGGCGCCUAUCUCUAGGGGCGCCUAUCUCUAUGGGCGCCUAUCUCUAUGGGGCGCCUCUCUCUAUGGGCGCCUAUCUCUAUGGGCGCCUAUCUCUAUGGGCGCCUAUCUCUAUGGGGCGCCUAUCUCUAGGGGCGCCUAUCUCUAUGGGCGCUAUCUCUAGGGGCGCCUAUCUCUAUGGGCGCCUAUCUCUAUGGGCGCCUAUCUCUAUGGGGGCGCCUAUCUCUAGGGGCGCCUAUCUCUAG